AUGGAAGAAAAUAGAGUCAUGGUUGAGAAGAAGCAGGAUAAGUUUUAUGCUGCUCCAUUGGUUUCCCAUCAGGAGGUUGUAAGGGACCGUUCUGUUUUUAUGGACACCCUCCGGCAAUUUCAUGCUACCAUGGGUACAAAGUUCAUGGUACCUGUAAUAGGAGGCAAGGAUCUGGACUUACAUCUUCUCUACAUUCUAGUCACUCAAAAGGAUGGCAUUGAAAAGGUAAUUGCGGAGAAAAAGUGGAGGGAAGUGAUUGCCGCGUUCAACUUUCCUCGCACCACCACUAGCGCAUCUUUUGUACUUAGAAAGUAUUAUUUAAGUCUUCUACACCAAUACGAGCAAGUGUAUUUCAUUGGAGCUCGAGGUCCUCUUGUACCUCCAUCAGCUUGUUUACAAACCAAGACUCUUCGUAGAAAGCUUGAUCAAACUGAGUCUGUCUUGGAUCCAGAGAUGGCAGCAUGCAGGAGGAGGAGGAGGAGGAGUAGUACACUUACAGGGCCAUAUAAUAUUCCAGUUACAGGAAGGAUCAGUGGGAGAUUUGAGCAUGGUUACUUCGUUACAGUGAACAUUGGCUCAAAGCCCCUUCAUGGAAUACUUUAUCAUGCCCCUCAUCACUCUUCAGCCUCUUCCUCCAUGGCAGUCCAAAGCAAUGCUAUCGUCCCUUGUGUCCCACCAAACCAAUCAAGCCGCAGGCGGCGGGGGCACAGAAACCGCGACCCAGCGCAUCCAAAGCCUAACAGAAGUGCCUACAACUUCUUCUUUGCCGAGAAGCAUGCUAAGCUGAAGGUUCUCCACCCUAACAGGGAGCGAGAUUUCAUCAAGAUGAUUGGAGAGGCCUGGAAUCGGCUCACUGGAGAGGAGAGGAAGGUUUAUGAUGAGUGUGGAAGGAGGGAUAAGGAAAGAUAUAGGAGAGAGAAGCAGGAAUACAAGGAGAGGUUGAAGCUAGCACAAACAGAGGUAGUGAGAGAAAAAUCCACAAGGGAUGAAGCAUCCCAAGGGAAUUUAAUUUGAAGGUUGAUAUGGCUUCCUUUAGUGGCUAAUGCUGUCAAGUUCUAAGCAAAAGGUUAACACAGUUGGUUAAGUUUCAAAGAGAUACACAUACA